UGCAGAGGACAGAGGACUGGGGAGGGAAGCGCAGCAUGUGGCGUUGUGGGGAGGGGGUCUUAGUCAGGGGCAGGCAUGCUCUAGACAGAAGGUACGGACAGAGGCGAUCUGACUUCAGUGGCACCCUCUGCGCAGCCCGGUUCCAAGCCCUUUAUGGAGACCGACAGACUUAAUUCUCCCAGCGGCAUCUGAGGUGGUGACUUCUGGGGAGGAUGAUGACUGUCCAGGUGCUGCGGCAGAUGGUAUACUUCCUCCUGAGUCUGCACUUUCUAGCUCAAGGUGUCCACGGUGGCAGUCCCCGAGAAGACUUCCGCUUCUGUGGCCAGCGGAACCAGACACAACAGAGCAACCUCCAUUACAACCAAUCUUCGAAGCUGCACAUCUCUGUGUGGAACACGGAGACAGCCCUCACCAUCCAUGCCCCCUUCCCUGUGGCCCCAGAGGCUUCCCCCUGGUACCAGUUCCCAGAGCCUAGAGGGGUCUAUCACUUCUGCCUCUACUGGAGCCGCCACACCGGGAGGCUCCACCUGCGCUAUGGCAAGCACUAUUACCUGCUGAGUAACCAAGCCUCCAGCCUCUUCUGCUUCCGGAAACAGGAGGAGAGCCUGAAGCAGGGGCCCCCAUUGUUUGCCACUUCCAUCAGCUCCUGGCAGAGCCCCCAGAACACCAGCCUGCCUGGGGCUGCCAGCUUCACCUUCUCCUUCCACAAUGCCUCGCACAAGGUCUCCCACAACGCAUCUGUGGACAUGUGUGAUCUGAAGAAGGAAUUGCAACUGCUCAGCAGGUUCCUCCAGCACCCUCAGAAGGCCUCCAGGCGGCCCACAGCAGCGCUCAUCAGCCAGCAGUUAGAGAGCCUGGAGUCAAAGCUGACCUCCGUGAACUUCCUGGGAGACACACUAUCCUUUGAGGAAGACCGAGUCAAUGCCACAGUAUGGAAGCUACCACCCACAGCCGGCCUAGAGGAUCUUCAAAUCCACUCCCAUCAGGAGGAGGAACAGAGUGAGGUCCAGGCGUACUCAGUGCUGCUGCCCCGGGCACUGUUCCAGCAGACCAGAGGCCGUCGCCGGGAUAUGGCCAAGAGGCUCCUGGUAGUAGACUUUAGCAGCCAAGCCUUGUUCCAGGACAAGAAUUCCAGCCCAGUCUUGGGCGAGAAGGUCUUGGGCAUUGUUGUACAGAACACCAAAGUUACCAACCUGUCGGAGCCUGUGGUGCUCACCUUCCAGCACCAGCCACAGCCGAAGAAUGUGACUCUGCAGUGUGUGUUCUGGGUUGAAGACCUGGCAUCAAACAGCCCCGGGAGCUGGAGCAGUGCAGGCUGUGAGACCGUCAGCAGAGACACGCAGACAUCCUGCCUGUGUAACCAUCUGACCUACUUCGCAGUGCUGAUGGUGUCAUCCAUGGAGGUAGAAACCAUUCACAAACACUACCUCACGCUCCUGUCCUACGUGGGCUGUGUCAUCUCUGCUCUGGCAUGCAUCUUCACCAUUGCUGCCUACCUCUGCUUCAGGAGGAAGUCACGUGACUACACCAUCAAAGUGCACAUGAACUUGCUGCUGGCAGUCUUCCUGCUGGAUGUGAGCUUCCUGCUCAGUGAGCCUGUCGCACUGACGGGCUCUGAAGCAGCCUGUCGCUUCAGUGCCAUUUUCCUGCACUUCUCCCUGCUUGCCUGCCUCUCCUGGAUGGGCCUUGAGGGCUACAACCUCUACCGACUGGUGGUAGAGGUCUUCGGAACCUAUGUCCCUGGCUAUCUGCUCAAACUGAGCAUCGUGGGCUGGGGUUUUCCUGUCUUCCUGGUCACUCUGGUGGCACUGGUCGAUGUGAAUAACUAUGGCCCCAUCAUCCUGGCUGUGCGCCGGACUCCAGAGAGUGUCAUGUACCCCUCCAUGUGCUGGAUCCGUGACUCCCUGGUUAGCUAUGUCACUAACCUGGGCCUCUUCAGCCUGGUGUUCCUCUUCAACAUGGCCAUGCUGGCCACCAUGGUGGUGCAGAUCCUGCGGCUUCGCCCACACAGCCAGCAUUGGCCCCACGUGCUCACUCUGCUGGGCCUCAGCCUGGUCCUUGGCCUUCCCUGGGCCUUGAUCUUCUUUUCCUUUGCUUCUGGUACCUUCCAGCUUGUCAUCCUUUACCUCUUCAGCAUCAUGACUUCAUUCCAAGGCUUCCUCAUCUUCCUGUGGUACUGGUCCAUGCGGUUCCAGGCCCAAGGCGGUCCCUCCCCUCUGAAGAGCAACUCGGACAGCGUCAAGCUCCCCAUCAGCUCCGGCAGCACCUCUUCCAGCCGCAUCUAGGGCACCGCCCCACCUCCUCUCGGGAGGACACAUGCACGGCGUCCCGUCCGCUCACAUAGUCUGUGGCCUGGUGCUGUGCCCAGCCUUGGGUAGAGGCACAUUUAGAGAAGGGCCUUGGUCCUAGGAGGGGUAGGGUUGUUGCUCUGAUAGGUAGAUACCUAGCUGGCCUUAGAGGACCACUCUGGUCCCCAAAGGGCUCAGAAGCACACUGCCAUUCUCUCUGUGGGACUGGCCCCACAGCUGUUUCGGUCUGGAGCUGAGGCCUUGUGUUUCUAGCCACCUCUGGGCCCACCUGCUGGGUGUUAAGACUUGAAGGAUCAAACCAGGGUCUAGGUUAGAUCUUGGAAGAGGCUGGCACAUCCUGCCC